AUGUUUGACACGUACCUGGAAAACUACACUACACAGCCGACACUCAUACCUGAAAGCACAGUCCAACCAACCGUAGAAGAAAAUGAAAUGAACGCUUACGUUUUAAGUGUAAUUGAUGCUUUGCCCGCAUCUAAUCCGAGAUUGAAGGAAAUCCAACAAGCCCAAGAUGAAGACGAGGUAUGCAAAGAAGUGAAGAAAUACUGUAUGGAUCAAUGGACAGAAAAAGAUCAUGUCACCCCUGCCGUAAAGCCUUACUGGUCAGUAUAA